GCUCCACAGGAUGUGUGCCAGGACCUCGGGACAGGCUUCCCCCCUCCCCGUGGCGGUGGGGGGGGGGGCACCCUCUGGCUGCUUGCUCCUCCCCCUGACCCCAGUGCACCCCGACUCCAGCCCAACAAGGCUCCCUCCUGCGUCAGCGGCCAGGGUGUAGAUGGAGGCUGCAGGAGCCGGCCGGGCAGCCUCGGGUCGGGCGGCACCAUGACCGGCUGGGAUGGCCAGGGGUCCGAGAACGCGAGCCGGGCGGGCGGUGGGGACGCGGGCGGCUGGCAGGCCGAGGCGGUCCUUGUGCCUCUGCUCUUCGGGCUCAUCUUCCUCGCGGGCACGGUGGUGUGCGGUGGCCAGGCGGUCAGCACCACCAACCUGGGCGUGGCUGACCUGUGUUUCAUCUUGUGCUGUGUGCCCUUCCAGGCCACCAUCCACACCCUGGACGGCUGGGUGUUCCGCUCGCUGCUCUGCAGGGCCGUGCACUUCCUCAUCUUCCUCACCGUGCACGCCAGCAGCUUCAUGUUGGCCGCCCUGUCCUUGGACAGGUAUCUGGCCAUCUGCUACCCACUGCACUCCCGCGAGCUACGGACACCUCGCAAUGCGCUGGCGGCCAUCGGGGUCAUCUGGGGGCUGUCCCUGCUCUUCUCCGGGCCCUACCUGAGCUACUACCGCCAGUCGCAGCUGACUAACCUGACCGUGUGCCACUCGGCGUGGAGCAUGUCUCGCCGCCGCGCCAUGGACCUCUGCACCUUUGCCUUCGGCUACUUGCUCCCGGUGCUUGUUCUCACCUACACGCGCACCCUGAGCUGCCUGUGGCGCGCCGGACCAGUGGCUGCGGGUUCAGGCAGCCGGCGCGCCAAGCGCAAGGUGACACGCAUGAUCAUCAUCGUGGCCGCACUCUUCUGCCUCUGCUGGCUGCCCCACCACGCGCUCAUCCUCUGCGUGGCGUUCGGCCGCUUCCCGCUCACGCGCGCCACCUACGCGCUGCGCAUCCUCUAGCACCUGGUCUCCUACGCCAACUCCUGCGUCAACCCCAUAGUCUACGCGCGGGUCUCCAAGCACUUCCGAAAGGGCUUCCGCAGGAUCUGCGCAGGCCUGCUGGACCGCACCUCGCGCCGAGCCUCCUGCCGCGUGCGCGCUGCCACGCGGGACACCCUCGGUGCAGCAGCGAGCUGGCGCGGGCGUCCACCCACCUGACGCACAUGAGCGAGACGGCAGGGGGACACUGUGCUCCUGCCCCUCCCAGCGGUGCUGUCUCCAGCUGAGCUCCUGGCCCACUCUGGCUGGACCGAAAAACCCAAUCCUGACAGUUACUGUGACCUCAGGGCAGGUCACGGGUAGGCUUGCAUGGCCAGGGCUGGAGUCAGAGGUUGGGGAUCGUGAAUAAAAUUGCAGA